AUGUCAAACUCAGACGAUGACGAGCCUCCUACUGCCACCACAUCCAACUCUCAAUCCGAUAACCUCCAUGAUAUAGAGGAUGAGGUACAGGACUGGAAACUUCUAGGCGCCCGCACAUCAGCAACAUCGGCGAUUCCGAAACGCGGUGAAAAGGAAUUCGAACCGGAUGGAACAGCUGUGCAAAAUCAAUCACUACAAGAGUCCCAAAAGGCAAUGUUUGACGCCUUGUCGAACGAGCGAGGUCACCAUAUCAAACACAAGCUAAUUGGAGUGUGGGUGCCCAAGUUGAAUCAAUGUCUAAUAUUGCAGAUUCGUGGCAACUUUUUCAGAGACAUGGGUGUUGCGCAUGGGACAAUCAUGUACUUGAAUAUAUACGAGACAGUAUACUUGGUUGAAAGGGGGAGUUUAAUUGCAUACUUGUCGAAUAAAGAGUUUGAAGAAUGGAUGGGUGGUGGUGGGGCGGAGUUUGACAUUGAAAAUAAGCUCUGGGCGUUGGAUCUUGAGUAUUUGUACUGCCUUACCAAGGUUGACAUACUGCAAUAUCAAGUUUACUCUUAUUUGAAACGUUUGGGGUAUAUUUUGCAAACGCCGCUGCUGACCCCCGCCAUUGAAAAAGCCAAUGUUUGCAAUGCCACCAUGGAUGUGUCAUUCUGGUUACUUCCUCGCGAAUGGGGACUCAUUGCCUAUCCCGUAUUGCACACCUGUCAUUUCAAAACAAAGUCCUAUUUCAACUACACCAGCAUUUACAAAGCGAUAACAUUAAAUAAUGACAAGAUCACCACGACUACACCAAAAGAGCAACUACAAAUCACCUAUAAUAUAUGGAGACCCACGCCUUCAUUUGCUAAAAAAUCACCACCUCCUCCAGAUUUCCAAUUGGUUGUGAUUGAUUCAUCUAAAGAUACAUCAUAUAUGACUUUGUCUGAGAUACAGCAUUUACAACAGCAGCUACAAGUCAAAGAAGCUGGCUCAGUAAAUGAAAAGAAGCCACCUAAAAAGCAACCACGUGUCGAGUCCAAGCGUCAAAUACGGGCCAAACAACAAGCUGAACGGCAGUCAAAGUUGGACAAAUCGAUUCAAUUGCGGAAUGAGUAUUGGAAGCGACGCGAUUUAGGAUUCAAGCAAGGUUCAUCCCCUGUUAUAGUUGCAGUUGUCAACCAAGGUGUAAUGAAUUUCAUCAACUUGUCCACAGGAGAUUUCAGUUGCGAAUUUAACAAAGAAGCUUUGGAUGAGAUUUAUCCAGGUAAAGCGCAUUCAAUCAUAUACCACGAACAAGCUUAA